UUCUGAAUUCUCUUAAUGACAGAAAGGGCGGCCAAUUGUCCGUCUUCAUUACAGUCUGCCAACCAAUUGGUGGUGACAUCGCUGGUUCUGUUCCACCAAUACGGACCCCGCAGGUGUGGAGGCUACUUCCUGGAGACCACAGGUAUAGGAGCUAGCGCCGUGACCCUAUACGGACGUGCUCCUGAAGCUGGCAGGAUGAAUGUGGGGGUGGCACACAGUGAAGUAAACCCCAACACCCGAGUCAUGAAUAGUCGGGGCAUCUGGCUGGCCUACAUCAUCUUGGUAGGACUGCUGCAUGUGGUUCUACUCAGCAUCCCCUUCUUCAGCAUUCCUGUUGUCUGGACCCUGACCAACGUCAUCCAUAACUUGGCAAUGUAUAUCUUCUUACACACAGUAAAAGGAACACCCUUUGAAACCCCUGACCAAGGAAAGGCUCGGCUACUGACGCACUGGGAGCAGAUGGACUAUGGGCUCCAGUUUACUUCUUCUCGCAAAUUCCUUAGCAUCUCUCCUAUCAUACUCUAUCUCCUGGCCAGCUUCUACACCAAAUAUGAUGCUGCUCACUUCCUCAUCAACACUACCUCACUGCUCAGUGUACUGCUGCCUAAGUUACCUCAAUUCCAUGGGGUUCGUCUCUUUGGCAUUAACAAAUACUGAGGGAUGGGGCUAAGAGCAGUUCCACGGGCAUGGAGAAGGUGCUGGAACAAAAGGCUGUAACAUCUUCCCCUUCUCCAUACUAUUUUGUGUGUCUUGAAAGUCCGAGAAGUAUACAACCUCUCCCCAAACUCUCAGAAAGGGGAGAUUGGGAAAUGGGGCUCCUGGGCCCAGCCCUGCUAUGUGCAAGAUUCUUUGAAUCAGGAAAAGCAGAUGGGGUUAAGAGCCAAAUCAACAGGAAGGUUUCCAAGUUUGGGCAGCUUGUUGGUGGUUACAUUUUUCCAUAUCUUCCACCCCCUACCACCUUCUAGCUUCUGCUUUGUCUUUUCCUUAUAAUAAAGUAACUUUUUCAGUGAUGGCUACAA